AUGGCAUUUAAAUCCGUUGAAUCGCCGAGCAGAUCCAUAAGUGAAGAUGAUAAACCCAAUUUAAAACAAAAAUUAAAGGUAAAUCUAAUUCAGGAAAAAGAGAGAAAAAUAAAAGAGCAGCAAGAAGUCAUAAGAAAAUUGAAAGAAGAAAACCAAAAUUUAAAGAAAAUGCUGUCUUAUGAAAUCCAAUCUCGAGAUGAAACAAGAAUCAAAAUCGAUAGUUCAAAAAUACUAGAAUUUGACGAUAAAGAAAUAGAGGUUUAUAAAGAAAAUACUAUAAGGAGCAUGAAUAGAGAUACUCCUUCGUCAAAGCAUGUCUCAUUUUCAUUAUCACCAGACAGCAACCAAAAACUGGAAGAAAUGUUCUUUAUGGAUAGCUCACAGCGAAUAAAAAGAAAUUUAAAUAGCCAGCUACGCAAUCCAAAUCUCAGCUUAGAAGAAUGCUUGAAUAGUAUGAGCCACAGUUCUGAUUAUCUUUAA